AUGUAUCCUGGAGAGUAUGUUCCUGCUGGCCACAACACCCUUUCGUCACUGAGAGACGAACUGCGAAGUGACUUGACUGCACAAUCUCUCAAGGAGGCGUGGAUGCGCAUCAGCGGAGGAAUGUACUUCAAAUCGAUUGAUGACUACUACGCCUCUGUAGACGGGCUAGAUCAGGAGCAACUGGGUGAGAUUGUGUCAGCCUUACUCCCAGACUUGCGCAAGUAUGAGGCACAGGCGCUGGUGACCAAGGUUCUCGAGUCGCUUAGCAAGCCGGCCGAUUCCCCCUCGCGUCAGCUGAGCAGGACGAUCACUGCAGAUGCGGUCGGUCUAGAUAACGCACCUGGUCAUUACACAAACUUCCUCGAAUGGAUGGGCCGCAUGACAGAAACAAAGGCGUUCAAAACGGAGCACGCUCUUUUCGAGUUUAGCCGGCGGAAAUUCAAUCGCGAGGAUGUGCGCGUAAUGUUUGAAAACUACAACCUAAUGAGCAAGGCCACUCUCGAGGCCGACAGCUCCGAUAGCUACAGUCACUUCUACACUGUGCUUCACGACUUUUCGCGUAAGGUCGCCGGUGAAGAUACACGACAUCAGAUAGGUGUGCGUAUCGACCCAGCCGAGGUGGAUCCCGAAACAGGUAUUGCCGUUGGUCACGGCCGCGCAGAUGGGCAGAAGUACAUGUUCACAGCUCUGAUCCGAGAGAACCGUGAUCACAACGGCUCCGUCACUCUUCUCGGAAAACCGCUUUCUGUUGCAUUCGAUGAUAAGUCCUGGCUGAUGGAAAUGGUGCUAAUGCCAUUCGAUGAGGCAAAGCUAGACUUCCACGACUUUGACGUGAACAUCAUCUCCGAAGGCAAGGCGAUGCCUUCUCUUGCGAAUGAGAUCGCUGCUUUUGGUUGCAGGAUGGCGGUGGCCAAUGCGAUAACGAAGCUUCUUCCACUAACACGCAUUCCUUUGAAAAAGGCUGGGUUGCUCUCAGUGGAUCGCCGAAGGGAGCCAGGUCAAUUCCCAGGUUUCGUGGACGGAAAGAAGAACAAAAGGAAGUUUGCGAAGCGUUAG